UUCUUUGUUCAGAUCGUUUUUUUUACCAUAGUAACGUAUUACUAUGGCAACUCAUGUUUUACUUUUGUGUUGACACAGUUUGUUCAUUGUACAAGAAAAAAGUGUUCUAUUUUUUUAAAAGUCAGUUGAGCCCAGUCCAAAAAAUGAUUGAUGAGCCUUUAUGAAUAAAGUAUAUAAACUCUGUUUGUUCUCUCUCUUUCUUUCCCCCCUUUUAUUUCUUUUUCUUUAUUCUCUUUUUAUUUUCUUCUUUAUACAUAUUCUUUAUAUAUAUAUAUAUUCCAUAUAUAUAUCUUAUCCAUACCCCAUUUCAACAACAAAAAAACUCUCAUAUAAAUAUAUAUUUGCAUUAUAAUAUAUAUCUUCAUAUAUAUAUAUUUAUACCAUAUUCCCCCUUUUUUUACGACCACCAAUUUUUUUAUUUAGAUAUCCCCUUCCUCAUGCCACAUUCAUUUCCUAUUACUGUCGUUGCCAAUCCAACCAAAUUAUCCAUUAAACCUCCGCCAAUGAUGUGUGAUUUGGAAACAUCAAAAAAUGAAAAUCUUACAAGGUUUCCUGUCCCUACUCCUCCACUUUCUUCAACUUCUCCCAUGGUUGAAUUAGCUCCAAUUAUAGAUUUGUGUGACAACAGACCACCAUCCCCCGAGUCACCAAAGAUAAAGAGAUUCAUUGUGGAAGAACAAGAGCGACCUGUGCCUCUUGAGCCUGCUGUUCCUUCUGUCCAGCAUAAUACCCAAAUAUUUCCUGUUCGUCUUUUUGAACCUUUGCAACGUCCAUACUCAUUUCUUAUACCCAGUAACAUUCAGAUACCCAUCCCACAACGUCGAUCUUCUCCUCCACGCUAUGAUCCCUUCUUCAAAGCUAUCCAGUCCUCGCCCAUGUCACCUACGAUGGCUGCCGCCUCUGCUUCAGCAGCAGCAGCAGCAGCCCAACGACACCCUGGAUCUCAAGUGGCUGCUAGUCUAUUAAAAGCCAUUCAGCCUGAUUCAAAGCAAGAUACGAAACAUAUAGAAGAACUAGAAACAGACAUUGCUUUAGCCUUCACAGAUUGCUAUUCAAACGGUGAUCAUGUCAUGUAUAAAUCUGCUCGAAACAAUGUCGAUCAAAGCAUGUUUCUAACAAAAAAUGCCCAUAUCAAAAGACCGCGUAACGCUUGGAUUCAUGUAAGAACUUUAAAAUUGUAAAGGUUUAUUUACUCAUCUAUUUAUGUAGUUCCGAUGUCAUUAUGGACAAGCACUCAAGAUCCAGGACCCUACUUUACGUGCUGAGGAAAUAUCCAA